AUUGGGCCGUGCGCGGCAGUGACGUCAGGGACCGGCGAGGGCUUAUAACGGGCGGCUUCGGCGGGGGGAAGGUUCUGGCAGACGGAGGACUGUGCCGGCGGGCGGCGGUAGCGGCGCUGCGUGGCCCGAACGACUCGCGAUGACCCGUGGGAACCAGCGUGAGCUUGCCCGCCAAAAGAACCUGAAGAAGACUCAGGAGAUCCACAAAGGGAAAAGGAAAGAGGAUAGCUUGUCUGCUUCUCAGAGAAAACAGAGAGACUCUGAAAUCAUGCAGCAAAAACAAAAAGCGGCUAAUGAAAGGAAGUCUAUGCAGGCAGGAGCAAAAUGAGCUGCCUACAUGGAGAAGAUAGAGUGCACCAAUGAAGCAGAAGGGCCUAGAAGAUAAUUCACAGAGGGUCUGACCAUUAAAUGAUUAAAUGUCUAUCUUGCAGAGUUGUGCAACUAGCAUUAGAGUAUUUUCUGGUUAGCAUAGGCUUAGUUGUCUGGAGUGCUUUUUCAAAACUGACUAUACUGUUCUGCAUGCAUAUGAUAAAAGUACCAAGCAAUAGCUUUACUACAGCUUUUGCUGCAUUUGUUGGUUUCACUUAAUGGUUCCAGUAACAAUGAAUUUCUGAAUCUACAGUUAGACCAGAUUUUCUUGUCUGAAUUCUUGAAGUACAGCUUCAUUCAGAAUGGAAUACAUUGUAAAAUGUGCUUAACUUUGCAGAGGUCUGAACUGUAAAUCUCAAAUUAUUUUUUACAAUAAAAUGUUGCAUGAAAUACUGUCUAA